GAGAGGGUUUUUAAGGAGCUCUUAAGCCUUUCUUGAUGACUCAUACCACGAACAAGAACCAAUCUUGUCACCCAUAUAAUCUCCGUAUUCAGAGAAUUGAAGAGUUCUUGAUCACUACUGUUGUAUCAAAAAGGAACUCUAAGAACUAAGAUUGUUUUUUUUUAUUUGAUGGAUCCAAGGAAGCUACUAUCUUGUUCAUCCUCUUACGUGUCAGUGAGAAUGAAAGAAGAGAAGGGGACAAUUAGGUGUUGCAGUGAGUGUAAGACCACCAAGACACCAAUGUGGAGAGGUGGACCAACUGGUCCUAAGUCACUUUGCAAUGCAUGUGGAAUUAGACACAGAAAACAGAGACGAUCAGAGUUAUUGGGUAUUCAUAUUAUUCGCAGCCACAAAAGCUUAGCCUCCAAGAAGAUAAACCUAUUAUCAUCAUCACACGGUGGCGUGGCGGUGAAGAAACGAAGGAGUCUAAAGGAGGAAGAACAAGCUGCUUUGUGUCUAUUGUUAUUGUCUUGUAGCUCUGUUUUGGCCUAAGUCAAAAAACAGAAUAUCUCUCGCUAGAAAGUUAAAAAAACACAGUUUUGUCCUCUCCUUUGUUGACGUUCUAUAUCUAUUUUGGGUCACUCUUUUGAAUAUGAAUAAUUUAAGAUUUAAUGAAAUAAGUUGGGCCUAA